GCUCAGCGGCGGAAGUGGCGCCGCCGGGAGAUCCUGUUCCGCUCGGAGGCGCUCCCGGGGCAGCCGAGGCGGACUGCGGCUGGGGCAGGAAGAGCCUGGGUGGUGGCUGACAUGGAGCAGCCUUGCAGCUGAGGCCUCGCCUUCCCCGCCGUGUGGUGGGGGCCCACCAGGAUGAACAAACUGUCUGCGGAGCUGGCCCGCGACUUGGAGCGCAGCCUGCCAGCCGUGGCCUCCCUCAGCUCAUCGUUGCCCCACAGCCAGGGCCUCUCCUCGCACUUCCUCCCCCCUGCUCCAGAGAAGCGCCGCGCCAUCUCUGAUGUCCGCCGCACCUUCUGUCUCUUUGUCACCUUCGACCUGCUCUUCAUCUCCCUGCUGUGGAUCAUUGAGCUGAACACCAACACAGGCAUCCAGAAGAACCUGGAGCAGGAGAUCAUCCACUACAACUUUAAAACUUCCUUCUUUGACAUCUUUGUCUUGGCCUUCUUCCGCUUCUCGGGACUGCUCCUGGGCUACGCCGUGCUGCGGCUCCGGCACUGGUGGGUGAUUGCGGUCACCACGCUGGUGUCCAGUGCAUUCCUCAUCGUCAAGGUCAUCCUCUCCGAGCUGCUCAGCAAAGGGGCGUUUGGCUACCUGCUCCCUAUCGUCUCCUUUGUCCUUGCCUGGUUGGAGACCUGGUUCCUUGACUUCAAAGUCCUACCGCAGGAGGCCGAGGAGGAGCGAUGGUAUCUUGCUGCCCAGGCUGCUGUUGCCCGUGGACCUCUGCUCUUCUCUGGCGCUCUGUCCGAGGGCCAAUUCUAUUCACCCCCAGAAUCCUUUGCAGGGUCUGACAAUGAAUCCGAUGAAGACGUUGGGAAGAAAAGCUUCUCUGCCCAGGAACGGGAGUACAUCCACCAGGGGAAGGAGGCCAUGGCGGUGGUGGACCAGAUCUUGGCCCAGGAGGAGAACUGGAAGUUUGAGAAGAACAAUGAAUAUGGGGACACUGUGUACACCAUCGAGGUUCCCUUUCACGGCAAGACAUUCAUCCUGAAGACCUUCCUGCCCUGCCCUGCCGAGCUGGUGUACCAGGAGGUAAUCCUGCAGCCGGAGAGGAUGGUGCUGUGGAAUAAGACCGUGACCGCCUGCCAGAUCCUGCAGCGAGUAGAGGACAACACCCUCAUCUCCUACGAUGUCUCUUCGGGGGCCGCGGGCGGGGUGGUCUCCCCCAGGGACUUCGUGAACGUGCGGCGCAUCGAGCGGCGCAGAGACCGAUACCUGUCCUCAGGCAUCGCCACCACCCACUGCGCCAAGCCCCCUACACACAAAUACGUCAGGGGAGAGAAUGGUCCUGGGGGCUUCAUCGUGCUCAAGUCAGCCAGUAACCCCCGAGUCUGCACCUUCAUCUGGAUCCUGAAUACAGAUCUCAAGGGCCGCCUGCCCCGGUACCUCAUCCAUCAGAGCCUCGCGGCCACCAUGUUCGAAUUUGCCUUUCACUUGCGGCAGCGCAUCGGAGAGCUGGGGGCCCGGGCGUAACCGUGCCCCCUCGCCACCCUGCAGGCCAGGGUCCUGUCACCACAGCCUUCAGAGCCAGAGAGGGGGCCAGUGGGGCUUCCCACCACCCACAGAGGACCUGGCCUCAAGCAGUGGGGAGGAAGAAGUUUCCUCCUGUGGCAGCCCCUUGGCCUCAAGCUGCCACCCUCCAGCAUGCUUCGCUGUGCCCGGGAGCCGUGAGCAGGUUGGGAGGUUGGGCACCUGGACUUCGGGGCUUUGCCACCGAGGCGAGUGGGGUCUACCCUGCCGAUGUUUACACAGUGACUGGCCCUGCCUCCUGGAGGACGAGAUGAUGCAUGGCGCCCUGCCUAGCCGGGGGCAGAAUCUGGAAUGGGAGCGGCAGCCUCUGUGCGAGAGCGCCAGGGCCCUGAGCAGGACGGAGGUCAGGGCGGCCUGGUCACUGGUCACCGGUGUUAAGGUGCAGGAGCCCCUUUGUCUGCCUGCUCUCUCAUCAUGGUUUUUUAGGAUUAUUUAAAGGGUCUGGGACCUUUUUCCACAUGUACUUGUUGGGGAGUGGGUGGCAAGUGGGGGUGGUGGGUGCUGGCAGUGAACCCCUGCCGCCCCCAGUUUCUCUCCUUCCCCCACAGUUCCUUGGGGACCUUUGUAAUUUGAGCCAGUUAUUAAAAACGAACUCAGAAAGAAAGAAAGAAAAAGC